UCGUCGGAGGGCCACGUUCGAAGAAUGAUCAAGAGCGGCGCGGACAGUGGCGAGCAGCUGAGUGACGCCCGGCGCAUGCGUAUUCGUCGCGCGACGCAACAGCCGUAAACACGACCCUUCCGCUCCUUUUUUUUUUUCUUUGAUCGGUGUUCCUCACGGAUCACACACGUCUGCACGGGGUGAACGGAGGGCUGCGCAGGGGGGAGAGAAAGAGAGAGAGAGAGACGCGUCGCGAUUCCGCGACGUUUUUCUCGCGCGGGAUCUAUAACGCGAACGGAAAGAUGAUGAUCACGGCGGCGGCACCGCGUCCCAGCGCCUCGUGAUACCGUGAAACUCACUGGCCCGAUGGUAUGCGGUGACGUCACCCGAAUCUGUUCUGGGAAGGAUCCAGCGGGACAAUAAUGGCGGAUCUGUACGCCAAGUACAACUGCACCUAUUGCCAGGAGGACAUCGCGGGCCUACGCGUCAAGUGCAUCGAGUGCUCGGAGUUCGACCUUUGCUUGCAGUGUUUUUCCGCCGGUGCUGAAAUUGGUCAACACAAAAAUAAUCAUGCCUAUCAAUUUAUGGACUCUGGUACGAUCAGCAUAUUCAAUGGUCGUGGCAAUUGGACCGCUAGAGAACAGCUGAGACUUCUGGACGCUAUCGAACAGUUUGGUUUUGGAAACUGGGAAGACAUCAGUAAACAUAUCGAGACGCGUACGCCAGAAGAAGCGAAAGAAGAAUAUAUCGCUAGGUAUCUCAAUGGUAACAUCGGAAAGCACACAUGGCCACCCACGGAUAGCUACGUACCAAAUCUUACGGAUCAGACAAAGUCCGAUCAUGGUCCUCUAUCCCCUGACCUCACGUCCAGAUUACCACCAUUGGACAUCACCCCGGAAGAAGCUGCACAACUGGGUUACAUGCCUCAACGAGAUGAUUUUGAGAGAGAUUACAAUCAUGAGGCCGAGUCUCUCGUUUCUUCAUUGUUCCUGAAUCCUGCCGAAGACGAUGAUCUUGAUAUCGCACUUAAACUAGCACAAGUUGAUAUGUACACCAGUAAUCUCAGAGAACGAGCCAGACGAAAACGCGUCGUAAGAGAUUACCAGCUUGUGUCUGCUUUUUUUGCAUCAUCCAGGAAAGAUAAAGGAAUAAAGAAAAAAUGGACGAAAGAAGAAAAAGAAUUUAGGGACAGAAUGCGUGUAUUCGCACAGUUUUACACAGCACAAGAGCACGAACAGUUCCUAACAAAUCUCGAGAGGGAAAGAGAAUUGCGCUUACGGCUCUCGGAGCUGUAUCGCUAUCGUGAGAACGGCAUUACGAGACACGAGGAAUGCGCUCAUUUCGAGCAGGUUCUUGCGCAGACUCAAAGACAAAAUGAUACAGUGGAUCAUUGGACUGAAAAGAAAUCUGGCAGCAGUGGGCCGUCCACGCCAAUACAACGCAGCACUUCAAAAAGAAGAGAAGAAGAAAAAAGUUACUCUUCAAUCGACCGAAAAUACAUUGUAAAGCAAGACUUGGCCAGCCCUACAGUCAGUCAAACCAGUCACAAUCGGACGACGACUCCAGCCAAUCAGUGGGCGGAGUCGGAUAGCAAUCCAAACACUUCCAAUCAAUCGACUUCCAGCCCCAGUUCCUCACAAGAAAAAGGUUACAGCGGUGGUAGCACUUCUAUCCCAGAGCGAGAUAUAGAAUUGGAGGCUGCGUCUCAUCUUUUAACGAAGCAAGAAAAAUCCUUGUGUAUUCAACUUGAUCUAAAGCCGACUCAGUAUUUGACGCAAAAGACAUUGUUAUUACAAGAAUAUUUAAACGGUAAUAGAAGAUCGAGUAUUGUUCCUCAAUCAGAACCAGAAAGCAAAAUUCUUCAUUAUCUAGUAGCUAACGGUUGGAUCACAGCCAAUUGAUCAAAUGUGUAAAAAUUUACGACUAUUUUGCCACUCUAAGUCAUCUCUAAUCUUAUAAGCUAAGUCUUAGAUAUAGAUAUAACUAAAAUUCUUAAGUCUGAUUCAGUUAAAUAUAAGGCAGAUGAAGAGAGGAAACGGAAGAAAAAAAAACGCAUGUAUGCAUAUUAUAGUAGAUGCAUUGUUGCUGAUUCUUUUAAACAAGGAUGUUGCUAUGAUAUAACGCGAUCUAUUGUUCAACGUAGGAUGAAAUGGAUUCAUAAUCAGGCGCAAUUUAUGUUUUUUUGUGAUAAAACUGGCAAUGAGUUCAGGGCCGAUUCCACGAUGAUAAAAUCUCGGAAAUUGUUCAAUCGCUUUUUUGUUCUUUUUUUAAAUGGCUUUUAAAAUGUUUUCAAAUUGGUUUUUCUUAUAGGCUAGCUAUAAAUGUCGAAAAUAAUAAACAGUUCAGUAAUUGUGACAAGCAUUUACAAAUAUUUAGAGAAUCGGCCCUUAAUAUAUUUAUUUUACUUAUCAUUUCCAAUUAAAUGCUAUUUGAAAGAAUCUCUUAACACUGCCUACGUAGAGCCAUUGAACGUAUUGCUCAAUUAAUUCUUCCACUGUGUUAUAUUUCCGUGUGUAGAUAAUGCCCGUCGCGCAACUUUCUGUUUUGAAUGUUCAUAUUCGGCAAUAAGGAAAUAUCAAGAUUAUUCAUGCAUCUUUGUUUUUGAAUUAUAAAAUAUCGUAGUAUACAAAGCAGUGUGCUAAGAUAUAUAUCGAAACUUUUUAAGACAGUAUAGAAAUUAUUGAAAUUAACUACUCUAUGAUAAUUAUUGUUGUUAUUUAUUAGCUAGAUGUAUAUUGCUAUUAAAAUA